CAGAGCUGUCCUCUGUUCUUAUCAACACCUCACAGCCUGCGAAGCUCUCAGUGCGUCUCUGUCCUUCACCACAGGCAUGAGGUUCACAUUCCCUCUCAUGGCCUUGGGCCUGGAGGUUGGCAUGAUUGUUUUAUUUGGAUUAUAUGUUCAGUAUGAAACGGAGCAAAAUAUUCUCCAGCAGCUCAACACCACGAAGCCAGCAGACAUGGGCAGAUUCCUUGAGUUAUAUCCUCUAUUCCAAGAUGUACACGUCACGGUAUUUGUUGGGAUUGGCUUUCUCAUGACCUUCCUGAAGAAAUAUAGCUAUAGCGGUAUAGGUAUCAACCUGCUCAUCGCUGCUCUGGGCCUCCAAUGGGGCACUAUUAUGCAAGGUGUUCUGGACAGCUAUGGACACACAAUCCACAUUGGAGUCAAAAACAUGAUAAAUGCAGACUUCAGUGCAGUCACAGUUCUGAUUUCUUUUGGAGCAGUCCUGGGAAGAACGAGUCCAGUCCAAAUGCUGAUCAUGACAAUUAUAGAAAUUGCUGUUUUUGCUUACAAUGAAUAUCUGGUUGGUGAGAUAUUUCAGGCCUCUGACACUGGAGCAUCGAUGACCAUUCAUGCUUUUGGGGCCUACUUUGGCUUGGCUGUAGCAGGCAUCUUGUAUCGAUCUGGCCUGAGAAGGGGGCAUAAAAAUGAAGAGUCUGUGUACCACUCAGACAUGUUUGCAAUGAUUGGGACUCUUUUUCUUUGGACGUUCUGGCCCAGCUUUAAUUCGGUCUUUGCUGAAGCUGGAGACAAGCAGUACAGGGCCAUCGUAAACACAUACCUCUCUCUUGUUGCCUGCGUACUCACAACCUAUGCAAUCUCCAGCCUUUUGGAGCAACGAGGCAAGCUCAAUAUGGUUCACAUUCAGAACGCCACCCUGGCUGGAGGAGUUGCCGUGGGCACCUGUGCCGACAUGGAGAUUCAGCCCCACGGUUCUAUGAUCAUCGGGAGCAUUGCGGGAAUUGUCUCCGUGUUUGGAUACAAAUUCCUGACUCCAUUUUUUGCUACUAAACUGAGGAUUCAAGAUACAUGUGGCAUCCAUAACCUGCACGGCUUACCUGGAGUGGUGGGAGGGCUCGCAGGCAUUGCGGCAGUAGGCAUGGGAGUGUCUAACACGACUACCACGAGCAUGCAGGCAGCUGCACUGGGUUCUUCCAUCGGAACAGCACUUGCUGGAGGUCUGAUUACAGGUUUAAUUCUAAAGAUACCUAUCUGGGGACAGCCAUCUGACGAGAACUGCUAUGACGAUUCUGUUUAUUGGGAGGUCCCUGAGAAGAGAGACUAUGACAGUCACUUCCAUGACCACAACCUGCUGAGUCUUGAAGUCUGAAUACCAUUCCUGCACUCCUGCUUCCUUUCCCGUUAUCUAGAAUCAAGUUAAAAUAAACAAACAGACAGUAUCCAAAGAGAAUAUGGACCAAAGUGAAUAGGUCCUAGGCCUCAAAUGGCCAGUGUAAAAGUGUCCUUAUGUCUGGUGCUGUCUCUUGACAGUCAAUGAUUGUUUAACUGAGGAAAUGUGACUCACAAAACAGAGGUUCAAAUGAAUUCUGUCCAGAACUCACAGAGUGUUUGCCAGUGGGUAGGUACAGAGUGAAGAUUCGAUGUUUAUUCUUGUAUUUUUCCCAAUAGAGGUUGAUUUACACUGAAAUCAGUACUUUCUAAUUAUGUCAGUUUCUUAAUGUAGACACCAUGUCUUCAGUCCCAAAGAUUAUAAAACUGAAGCCAAUGAAACAACAAUAUAUGUAAGAAAUAUAUAUGAGAAAGAUGAAAGACAUGAAUAUAUGUAAAGCAGUAAUAGAAUUGUUUUAGGUAGUGCUUUUUUGAUUUUAAAAAUGGUCUAGCUAGUAAUGUUAUAUCUUCACUUGAAUAUUCGUAUUCUUAAUUGCUUUUCCAUGUUUACUCUUUGUAACAAGAGCUCAAAUGCUAUCUGACCAAAGUCUAUCUUGUAUAAAAUUUCCAAGAAUUUAAUGUCAUUAUAAAAUAAAGCAUUAGUCUUUUGUUCUCCUUU